CUGCAGAGCUUGAAAGCUUUCAUAACCACAUGCUCAUGUACAGUUCCAAGAGACUUGCCUAUACACCCCCUGCAUACAGAGCUAGGAGUCUCUUGGCAGCACUUGACUACAACGAAAAUGUUGACAGAGAACCAGUUGUGAACAAAGAUGGCACUGUCAGGAUGCAGAGAACUUUCAAUAAAAAGUCAGGUAGAUGGAAUGUGUAUGCAGUAAAAGAAAAAAAGAAAUACACACAUGUGUCUUCCCUCCUCAGAAUAGUUCUGCAGAAAUGGAUAGAGGAUAGAGAAGGUCUUCAGGGGAAAAUGGUUCUAGAAGUUGGAGAUCCAAGAAGGAUAUUGCCCCAGUGCCACCACCAAGGACAGAAGAACUAGUACAAGAAAAGAAAUCACGAUUCAGUCAAUAGACUAGUUUUGGACAGUUUUGUAUUUUUUGAAGAGGGUCUACGGUUGUGUAGAUGUACUGGUGUUUGGUAUGUACUGGUCUACUCAGGCACUUUCUCUGAUGUAAACUCUACUAGUCAAAAUAUCAGAACUUGUGCAAUAACGAGGUGGUUGACACCUAUCUUUUUUCUUGUAUGUUAGAGUUUUAUUGUAAAUACACCAUUCCAUCAUGAUUUGAUUUAUAUGAAAUAUGGUUUUAGCUUUCUGCAAAUGCUCAAGUGAGCUUUCUGAUCAAUGAGUAUCCUUCUUCUGCCUGUCCAUGCCUUGUGUUGCCUAUGUAGACUACUCAUAUUUUCAACUACUUCCCCAGAAUCACAGGACUUGAUUCAACAAAACUUGCCUUCAUGCAUUCUUGGGUAAAGGGGUUCAAGUUUAUUUACCAACUUUUCAAGGGGAGAUUAAUAGUAAUAAUCAUUGAAAAGGAUGAAAAUAUUUGAAAGUUUCCCAAGAUAGAGUAGAUUCAAGGUUCUUAAAAGGAAAUAUAUUUAUUUCAAUAUAGUUUUUUAAAAAUUAAGCAUGAUCUUACUAUAUCACAUUCAUAUGGAAAUAUUCAUGUAAAAUAUUUUAAGGCACAUAUUAUGGGUCCUUUGGAUACAUAUCAGGGAUAGUUUUACCUGAAGCAUGCUUACUUCUUCAGAACAUUAAGGCCAUGUUAAACCUAAUUAUAUUGAAGCAUCCAAUAUGUGUUGAUUUAAAUCAGGCACUGCCAUGAUUCUUGGGCCUGGUAGUGGACACAGUAUGGGGUUAAAAACUUGUGUUAAUGAAAAUGAAAAAAAAAAAUCUGCUCCUGAAAAGCAGAGUAAUGUGGCCCAUAGGCCUUGUCGAUAAAAGUAUAUAUUUGAAAAUCUAUCCUGAAAAAAUUUGAGUCCAUGUACUUCUUUGGUUUGCUGAUAGCAAGAACAAAUCAGUACUGGGUAGAGACAGACUCUCAGUCUCACCAGAGACUGGAAUAACAAGUGAAGAAAAUGUCAAAUCUCAGGUGAAGAAAUUGCAUUUGUAUGUAAACAUUUGCUGUUGACAUUUGUGGAAACAUGUAAUAACAAAUUAAAGACGUGUCAAAUCUUGAA